GUCUCUCCUUUCUUCCAGACACACACACGACACACACUGCACUGCACUGGCCCUCUCAGUGCAGCACACACACACACACACACACACUGAGAAGGGCGAGCUCUGCUGCUCGGCUGGAGAAGAUGGAUAUGAGGAUGUUAAUUUUCUCCGUUCUGAUUGUGCUGUGGACGUUCUGUGCAGCAGCACAAAAUGAGAGGAAAGUGGAGCCUCGAAACAGAAUUCAAGCAAGAGGACUGCGCCUAACACUUCAAACAGCUGCUAAUAAUACUUUCAUGGAGGUGAAAAAACCUAAGAAAAAGGUUAUUGAAGUCCCAGACUAUGAAACUCCUGUUGAUGAUGACCAAAGCCCAGCAGCAGGAAAAGACGCAGAUGCAGAUCUGCCCACUUGCCUACUGUGUGUGUGUCUGACUGGAUCCGUGUACUGCGAGGAGGUCAGCCCAGAGAUGACAACAGUGCCAGCCUUACCAAAGGAAACUACGUACCUCUAUGCACGCUUCAACAAAAUCACCAAAAUUGGCAGCAAGGACUUUGCUGACAUUGCCACACUGAAAAGAAUCGACCUGACUGGCAAUAUCAUCUCCGAGAUCGAGGACGGAGCUUUCUCCAAACUGGACCAACUGGAGGAACUGACGCUGGCAGAGAACCGACUGAUUAAACUCCCGAUGCUGCCUUCAAAACUCACCUCCCUCAACGCCAAUCACAAUCUACUCAAAACCAAAGGCAUUAAAGCAACCAUUUUUAAGAAACUCAACAAACUGGCAUAUCUCUACCUUGGUGACAACGAGCUGGAGGCUAUUCCACAACUUCCCGAGAGUCUGCAUGUCGUCCACCUUCACAACAAUAACAUAACCACCCUGACGGACGAAACAUUCUGCAAAGGCAACGACACUCACUACAUCAGGUACAACAUGCUGGAGGUGCGGCUGGACGGGAACCCUCUGAUACUGGCCCAGCAUCCCAACAGCUUCAUCUGUCUGAGGUCUCUACCGAUCGGACACUACAAGUGAGCAGGAGAGACAGAGGGGAGUACGUCUACAGAGCGCUCCCUCUGUGACUGGCCAACUGGCAACUGGCCUCACUCUGAUGAAGUUUGGCUGUUAUUUCAAGCACUCUUAGCAUCUGCAUAAGCUUAACUCAAAGCUUUGUGUCCAAGUGUUAACUUCAUCAUUAAGAUAAUGGUUUUAAGGGCAUGUGGCAUAUAGAAAAGAAAACCUCUGUAAUGUAUAUCCAUUUUAUACAUUUUUAUUAUUAUUUAACAUGGCACAGAUGAAGACGACUGUGAGAAAAGCUGCAGCAUAUUUAACACCAGUAAGGAAAGUGUUACAUUAAAUCAGUGAAUUUGGAAAAUAGUUUAUUUCCAAACAUUCUGUAAUGCAGCGAUAUUCAAAUCUUUCACUAAUAAAUACUUUUGAACAAA